AUGUUUGUGGAUGAGGAAUCACCCUCAAGGAAUAUGAAUGAGACCAUGAAGAGUGCAAAGUUCGACUUUGACACUGGGGACAGUGACAGCCACAACUACAUUCAUAACGAGUCCGAAAGCUACUCUACCGAGGACAUGAAGUACGAGAUUGGAAAGGAGGAAAGCUCUGAUCCAUUUGAGAAGCUAAGAAGCGGUGCUGCAGAUACUCUUCACCAAAGAUCAGGAUGGAUUCUCUUGGUAGGCAUCUCCUUGUCUAUAUUAGCAGUCUGUUGCUGGAACAUUCAAGUGGAUGUUAAGGAUAGAAACGAAUCCAUUUACAGCAUCAGGGCAAGAGAUGUUCUAUUCACUUGCUCUUUAGGUGUGUUUAUCUUUAUUGCUCUAAACUUUGUGAUCUCUAAGAUGAGCUUCCUAGGGCUGAAGAGGUCCAACAGUUUGAACACGCUUUUCUACUAUACAAACGAGCUUUCAGAACACAUAUCUGCAGGAAUCAUCUUCACUUUAGGGUUUUCUCUGAUGCUACUGAAAGACCUAGAUUGCUGUAUGUAUAACAAACAGGGGCUAGACCUGUUUCUCAGUGAUGUGUUUAGUAGCUUUUUGAUAGCAACCUUGAUGCUUGGUGUCGUGAAGAUAUUCCAUAGGGCCAUUUCAAUGAACUUCAACUACUCUGUAUAUAUCAAGAGGAUCCGGAGAGUGCUCCUUGAGGAUGCAUUCAUUAAUCUUCUAGGGGUCAUAGACAGCAGAAAGAACAGAGGAAUUGAACGGUCAAGACUUAACAGGUCUCAGGAGAUAAUGUACAAGAGCGAUGCAAUCUCGUCCAUAAAUGAGUACAUGGAGGACCUAUACGGCUAUAAUGAGCCUACAAACGAACUUGAUCUACCAAGAAAAAGAGUUCUUCUUAAGGAGUUCCAAAGGCUUGUGCGACGUUCUAGCGGGAUCCGCGGGAGUGUCAUGCAGAUAUCCCAGAGGCUCAAGAACAGGGCUGGAAUCAAAGCGAGCAAGAUGGCAGGGAAGGAUGGUAUUGGGCCCAUGUCUGACCUAUCGUUGUACUUCCAUAACCCGGAAGUGUUCAAGUUUCUGAUGAAAGAGAUAGGUGUCGAGGAGGGUUUUAGGUUCACCAAAAGCAGCCUUGCGGAUUUUAUUGAGAGAACAUAUAGAGAGAGACAUUUUUUGAAAGAGAACCUUGAGCACAUGAACUCUGCUAUAGAUAAAGUUGCAUUUGGACUUAAAGUCAUAAUAGCCGGGCUUAUUUUGGCGAUGCUGUAUAUUAAGGCUGGGGGAGAAGGAGUUACAACCAUAGGGAUGAUAUCAGCAUUCUUUGGAACACAGUUCAUAUCAAAUUCAUUUUCUGCUAGUGUGAUAAGCAGUAUAAUUUUUCUAUUUUUCAUUCAUCCAUACGACAUUGGAGAUAGGGUUUUUGUGACCCUGGAAGGAAUAGAAGAAAACCUUGUGGUGUCUGAGUUGAAUGUGUUUUCAACUGUGUUCUAUAGGUGGGAUGGGGUCUACAUAACAAUUCUCAACACAGUGCUUGCACAGAAAGCGAUUAAGAACCUCAGGAGAAGCGGAAUUAUGGCAGAAUCUCACAAGAUUCAAAUAAACAGCAGGACGAAUCAGAAGAAGCUGAUUCGCUUGAAAGAGCUUAUAGAAGACUUUGUGAAGAGUAACCCGGAAGACUACACGGAAUACAUAAUGCUGAACCACGAAUACAUUGAAGAUGCCUCAAAGCUUCACAUGAAGGUUUAUAUGCAAUACAAGAGUAACUGGCAGAACUUUGAGCUGUAUCUUCGAAGAAAGACAAAGUUUCUGUCUUUUUUGAACAGGGCUCUUCAGGAGCUAGAGAUUGAGUACAUACUUCCCCCAAGACAGAUUUCCUUGAGGAAUGCCUGA